GCACAUGACUAGGAAACGGGGAAGUGUUUUGCACAGUUAGAAGAGAACGGGGCUGUGUAUUUCUACAGGGUUCUUCGUGAGGCGGAAUUUUCUCAACAACAUUUCACGCUUCUACUGACCUUUGAAGAUCCAAGAUAUCACUUAGGCGCGUCUGUUUUUAUUUACGCCGCAGAAAUGGCCUUGAUUCGAUUACAUCUGCGGACGUUAUUGCAUUUUAGCCUUAUCUGCGUCACUUUGUUCUUAAAUAGCCUGCCUGUUGUGGUAACAAUGUACAGGAGACCCAACAUUGUUUUGAUAUUAACAGAUGAUUUAGACGCUGAUAUGGGUGGCAUGGUUCCACUUAACAAGACAAGAAAGUUAAUAGGUGAUUCUGGAAUCACUUUUACCAACGCGUUUGUUGCUAGCCCACUGUGCUGUCCAAGUCGUGCCAGCAUCCUGACGGGAAAGUACCCCCACAACCACCACGUGAUCAACAACACCUUGGAGGGCAACUGCAGCAGUCAGGCCUGGCAGAAGAGCCAGGAGCCGGGCACCUUCCCCGCCCUACUGCAGAAGAGCUACUACCAGACCUUCUUCGCCGGCAAAUAUCUCAACGAGUACGGGCACCCAGAAGCAGGAGGAGUGGAACAUGUGCCUCCAGGUUGGGACUACUGGUUUGCCCUGGAGAGGAACUCUAAGUACUACAACUACACCCUGUCUGUGAAUGGAAAAGCCCAGAAACAUGGACAGAACUACAGCCUGGACUACCUGACCGACGUGCUGGCCAACACGUCAUUAGACUUCCUGCAGUACAAGUCGAACUACCGGCCCUUCUUCAUGAUGGUGUCCACCCCAGCCCCCCACUCGCCUUGGACAGCGGCCCCACAAUACGAGAGCACCUUCCCCAACGUCAAAGCGCCACGGGACCCCAACUUCAACGUCCACGGCAAGGACAAGCACUGGCUCAUCAGGCAAGCCAAAACCCCCAUGUCCAACUCUUCAAUGGAGUUCCUGGAUAAUGCUUUCCGGAAAAGGUGGCGCACUCUGUUGUCCGUAGAUGACUUGGUGGAGAAACUAGUAAAGCAGCUGGAGGCGCGGGGAGAGUUGGAUAAUACCUACAUCUUCUUCACCUCCGACAACGGCUACCACACAGGCCAGUUCUCUCUGCCCAUGGACAAGCGGCAGCUGUAUGAGUUUGACAUCAGAGUGCCCCUGCUGGUACGGGGACCAAACAUCAAGCCCAACCAGACAACUUCGAUGUUGGUGGCCAAUGUUGACUUGGGCCCCACCAUCCUAGACAUGGCUGGGAUUGACUACAACAAGACCCAAAUGGAUGGCAUGUCCUUCCUGUCUGUCUUGAGUGGUCAGGCGAACAGCAGCAGCUGGCGGACGGAUGUGCUGGUGGAGUACGAGGGGGAGGGCAGUAACGUGACUGACCCUGCCUGCCCCCUGCUCGGCCCCGGAGUCUCGGAGUGUUUCCCAGACUGUGUGUGUGAAGACUCCUAUAAUAACACCUAUGCCUGCGUCCGCACAGUGUCCCCUACAGCCAACCUCCAGUACUGCGAAUUUGAUGACAAUGAGGUGUUUGUGGAGGUGUAUAAUCUGACAGCGGACCCGUUCCAGCUGAGCAACAUCGCUAAGAGCAUCCAGCAGGAGGUCCUGGAGAAGAUGAACCACCGGCUGAUGAUGCUGCAGUCAUGUGCUGCCCAGUCAUGCAGAACACCGGGAGUCUAUGACUCACGGUACAAGUUUGACCCGAGGCUGAUGUUCAGCAACCACAGUCCCCGCUUCAGAAAACUCCGCCAGACGUUCAAGUAAGACCGACUGAAGGGGACACAAAGGGAAAACGAGGGAUGAAGAGGGACGAAGAGAAGGAGGAGGAGAGGAAGAUGAAAGCGGAUGCACCGUCUCAUGUCUCUCUGUUGUUGCCUUGCACCUCG